AUGAGCGACCACCCACCUGCGUCUCCUGCUCCUGUAGGCGCGCAUGCCAACAUCGGCAGGGCCAUCUGCCCCAUUUGCUAUGAAGACCUCAAGCCCGUCGUUGAGGACCUCCAGUCCAUCUCCGUCUGUGGCCAUGUCUUCCACGAGCUCUGGUGAUCAUCCCUAGUCCACUAUUUUUCAGAGCACCCCUUUGAGUUUCUAGUCUCUUUGCGGCCAAAUGUGUCAGACCAGUCUAAUAAUUAUUUGAUUUUGCUGGAGGAAGCCUUCAGCAGUGGCAGGAGUACUGUCCGGCGGGGAAGAAGUGCACAUGCCCUGUCUGCAAGCAGUCCUACAUUCCCAGAGAUGUCACCCGUCUCUUCUUCCAAUCUACCGGUGGUUCCGGGCACAACUGUCCCUCUUUCUGCACGCAGAAGACUCUGUCAGAAGCCGAAGCUGAGACAUUGAGCUCAGAAAUUAAGAAGUUGCAGGGGAAGCUUUCUGCUGUGGGAUCUGCCUUGGAUGCCCAGAAGCAGCAUGUUGGCGAGCUAAACAGUGAGGUUGGAGAACGCUAGUUUCUCCUACAGUGAACUAAACUGUGGUUUCUAAUGUUUGUGUUAUAUGGUCCGUUAUGUUUUCUCGGAUAUAUUACUUCUAACAGGUUUUCAAAUUCUCUUUCCGGCUAUCUUAAAAGGUCCGAUUCUGCUGCGUUGUUCCAGAUUUUGGUGUGGAAGAGUCGGGCAAAGAGGGAAGAGGAGAUGAAAACUGAACACCAGAAAGAGAAAGAAAUUAUCCGCCAUUUGCUUCAGAUAAAAGAGGCUGUAAGGAUUUUUUCUAGUGGUUAGAUGGAAUAUCUUAUUUUUGGGCGAACUAUCCAUAACUGUGUUCCUAACGAGGAUAUGUUUCAGGAUCUACGUAAAACUUCUGAGGAGUGCUUAAGGGUUAAAGAAAAGAGCUUGGCUCUCGCUAAGGAGCUUGCUGCAUUAAAGCUGUGAGUCUGAUUGUAAGCCACAUGCUUAGAAAAAGAUCCUCAUACAUUUACUGAUCAAAUAUUUUUUAAAUUAGGGCCAUGGAUGUGAACCUGGGGGAAGAAGAGGUAGCCAAACUUAUAACCAUUGGUCAGGGGACACACAAUGAUGCAAUUGAUGUACUGCAAAGGUCUCUCCUCCUUCGUAACAAGUAAGUCUGCAAUGACAAUCAGUGCCUGUUAAAAUAUUAAAACUUUUAUAUCUCGUUGUUCUUCAUCUUUUUUCUUCUCAUUUUCCUUUUCUUUGCUGUUCGAGCACUUUUUUAACUGGUUCACAGUUGGUUGACUACACUGAUGAGUUCCCUAGUUUCCAUUUCCACAACAAAAUUAUUCCUGUGGUUGUAAAAAAGGAUGAAACGAUACAGCUCUCAUACACGACUGAGGGAAGCUUUAUACUUGUGUAUCAUUUUCUCAAGAAAUUCGACACGUCAUUUCAAAGUGUGAAUACUUUAUGGCGAAAUCCUAAAUAUAGUUCUAUUGCUCAGAUGCUUCUUACUGUUUCGAUUCAAGCCCCCCCCCCCCCCCCCUCUAUUGUUUCCAUGUUAAUGGCUUUCUGUCUUAAAAAAGUUUGAUUUCAGCUUUUGCACAGUUUAACUAAACGCUCCCUUGUUUGGAGUAUAUCAGGUGAGAGUCUUUCCUUCCGACUAACCUAUCUUAGUCUUUUAACCUGACCCAUCUAGGUUCACAUUCAGUGAGAUUGUUCUUUUUAUAAUGUGAUGAGACAUACCCGGGAAAAGAUAAAAUAGGAGAAAUCCCUGGAGGCAUAGGCAUAGACGGAGAAAGCAGAAGCAUAGGGGGAGGUUGAAGCAGUAGCAAAGAGGGGAUUGAAUGAGGGAUGCAUCUUCUCUUCUGAACUGCUUGAGAGCUGGAAGAUUAGGAUAUCCCGACUUCAUAUUCUAAUACCCGCUUUUAAAGGAGAGUCUCGUGGCUCUAUUUUUAGAAAAUGAGGAAUGAGGAACGGCGGGAGAUACAGAAUAGAAUCUUUCUUUCUGAAGCUGGAUACUGUCCGCGGAUUCAUGUUCUAUGGCAUUCAUUAUCUACUGAAGAAUGCAAGAGAAUGGCAUUAUGACACAACCAAACUUUCACGAUUCAAGUGUGUUCCAGAGGCGACUGUACCUGAUGCUAAAUAGAAAUCGACAUUUUCACUCACGUUAAUGACAUAUUCAGUACCGCUUGACUGUAGUCAAGUGAUUAAAAGUUUACUGAGAUUAUUGGACCAUAAUAGCACAUUGGAAGUCUAAAUGUCAAUCAUCUGUCCUUCUGAUUAAUGGGUUUAAAUAUGGCCUUUCUACACUAUGAGGUUUUGGCUACAUGAGCAGUAUAAAAAUUAUCCUCUGGUCCAUGAUAUGUUACCUGAUGUCAUCUUUUACUUUUCCGCAGUGCCAAUUCAACUUAAUUUAUGUCAUUUCUUUAGAAAUUAUUAGAAUUGAAUUUUGUUUGAGUAAUGAAUUGGCUUCUGGCUAUCCAUGACAUGGCAUUGGAUCAAACGUAGAUCGUUAAUCUUUGCCCUAUUCAAUGCAGACGUGUAUCCAAUUGAUCCGGGUACCCAGUCUGCCUCUGCAGGUGUCUUUCAGACCUAGACAUUGGCAACAUUUUGUUCAUGCUUUGCUAGAGUCUGCUAUCCGUGUUGUACUAGUUUUUCAUUCGGCAAAAGUAAAAAAUGGACAGAAAAACCUAUACUUACGUUUUUAACGCCUGUGACAAAGAAAAUUUAACCAAAGGUUAGGGAUGCCAAGAAAAUUAAACCAUGCCAGCAGAUGUGCUUGAACCAAUUAUAAGGUCAUGAACUUUUACAUAGUUCGUCACUUCCGUGGAUAUAAGUUAAUUCUUUGAACUACCUUUUGGCUGCAUACUUGGUGUUGAUAAAAAUAAUUCUGUUGCAGGUAUGACUGUUUCACAGCAUCAUCAGUUAAAGUUUCCAAAUCUACUAGAUCCUGUGACAGUUGAUAAUUUCUACAGAUUCUUAAUCCUAGUUGACUGUGUUUGGUUCUGCUCAUACAUGAGUUAAACCAUAUUGCCGUUGAUAUUGUUAUUUAAAUAUGCCACUUUUGAUGGCUAAUGAACUGAAAAUAGGGGUAAUAAGAUGUAGGUUUAUUGAACAUGAUACUAUAGCCGCGUCUGAUGGCUAAUGUGCCACGUCUUAGCUCUGUCCUCUUUGUUACUAGCUGAUUGGGAUGUUUGGUCUCUUUUUUGUGGUCUCAGUGAGACGUGGGAAAAUUGCAACUCUUCCAUUUCGUAUCAAAAAACUUUCCGUGCAUCCGAAGAAAAAAUGGAAUCUGUGCCGUGCUGUUUAUUCACAUUGGGAAUUUUUUGGGUAGCUUUCACUGUCUCCCAGCCCCGUCCUCUGAGCUUUUAAAUGGAUAUUUGGAUAAGCAAUUUCUGUUGUGCUUGGAGGACACCAAGUGUGUACUAAAUAUGGAAUUGAAAUCAGCUUAGUUGACAAUUGAAAGAAAUUAAUUGAAUUUAUGUUAUGUAGAUCUAAAAGGAAAUGUUUCUGUCCAACGGGAAUUAUUUUUCGAUCUAUUCAAGCGCUUUGUCUUAGAUUCCAAUCUUUGGCAUUCUCUGUCUCGCCUCAUCACUUCAUGGGCAUCGUUCAAAGGUAACUUGUUUUAGCAGCUGAGGAAGGUUUCUUUCCUUCUUGGAUCGAUGUCACUUAAUACUUAUUUUGAUGGGACACCAUUGUUGUAAUGUCUGCAACUAUGCCAUUGACCUACUUCUGAUACCUUUAAAAGGUUGCCGGCAAAAUUUACUGAUCUUAGAGCCACAUUUUCGUUCCUUCUUGGAUCGAUGUCACUUAGCACUUAUUUUGGAUGGGACAGCAAUGUUGUAAUGUCUGCAACUGUGCCACGGACCUACUUCUGAUACUUUUAAAUGUUGCCGGUAAAAUUUACUGAUCUUAGAGCCCCAUUUGGUUAAUGUAUGCACGCUUCUGGACAAUACAUUGGAUAUUGCAUUAUCAUUAUACAGAUACUUUUUUUGUACCUUCGGUAAAAUGUCAUUUUCUGGUCAGGGAUUGAUGGUGUUAAAGGUGCAUUCCCUGUGGAUGUUGACUCAAACUUGGGACGAUUUUGUAGGUGUUACAAAGAACUGAUGAUCCAGUGCAAUCUUCUGGGCAGGGCAGAGACACGUUCUCUUAAGAAGCUUGAGAAGUCUGAAGAAAAGAUAAAGAUGCUGAAAGUGAGUACUUCUGGAGAUUUUGUUCUUUGGUGAUUAUGGAAACACUUUUCUGGAUCCUAAUUCGUACGUUGUAUCAGAUACGCUUACAAGAACUGGAAAAGGCUGUCGAGAAGAAAGAUAGUGAAAUAUUGAGGGUUAUGAAGGUUUCAAAAGAGAAAAUUGCUGAACAGGCAGAUCUUGAAAGUUCCAAGCAGAACAGUAACUACCCAUAUCUGGAUGGAUACUUUUACUCCUCGGAAGUUGAACCAGAUGAUUCUGUAACGGAAUCGUUUUUGUGUCCUUCAAAUCCCCACAGAAAUGUAUUUCAGCUCAUCUGCUGAACAGAAUUGUUUUUUGAUGCUACGAAGAAAUGACGAUAAUAUUAUUCAUGCUGCCUUUUGAGAUACAACUUAUGCUCCUUUAUUUCAGGAUAAGGCUGAAUGUCUUGUCCUUGAAAUUUUCAGGUGGCUAAAGCUUGCAAGGAUGCAUCUCCUAUGAGGUCCAUUUCUGGAAUGGAGGGUUCCUCGCAUCAACUAAUGGGUACACAUCAACAUAAAGUUUUUGGCAGCGUGCUCCCCAGAUCGAGUGCAUGCACUACAAAAGAUGGGGGCAAUAAAUUGGAUGCCGCUGGGGAUGAGAGUCUGCCUGACAUAAUUAAUACAGUCUCAGCAGUAAAUUUUAUGGAUGUCGAUGAGAACUUUAUGCUGCCAACUUUGAUCCCACGUACAACAAUAAAGUCUUCAGUAGAUUAUUCUAAUGUUGUCUCAGGUGAGUUUCCUUUUUGCAAACCUUGGAUUACUAUGUUACAAAUUACUUGUGAUGCAAAAAAGAAAAGAAAAAAUCGUAGGGGGGAAGACUGACUAGAUAUCUGGAUACGAUUUUUAUAUCAUUUUUUAUGUUGGAUGAAGCAAUAGUUCUAGUCAGUUCCCAGAAAUAUUUAAAAUUGAACUUUGAAUCCAUGAGCAGACGCUGUUAUGUAAUUUAUCCUGUGAAACCAAAUUGCAUCCAUAACAUCCGUGGGGGUACGGGGUAUGAAAAUGCGUUUUCAUCAUGUAUUAUUCUUCCUUUUUUUUUUUUUUUUUUGCUUGCUAUAAUCAUCGGCAUGACACUGCAACAGUAUUAUUAUCAUUCACUGUUCGUAUGGAAUGAGGAUCCGUGCCAUGUGGCUGCUGUCUUAGUGUUUGUUACCUUCUCUGACCUGAUCUAAUUCUCUCUUCUCCCAUUCACUGUUCAUCUUAGAUCCGCCUCCUUUACCCACCAGCCUCAUUGGCACGGAGAACGGUAGAAAGCAUGCCAAAUGGUGCAGGAAUGUGACAAAGGUGAACCCAUCAAUGGAAACGCCAAAACGCUGCGGAGAAUUGAUCGCCCUUGGAGCUGAUGGGCGAGGUGGUACAAUUAAAGUCCUGAGAGCUCUCAACAAGUUUCGAGUAGGUUCCGCCCCUUGUCUGUCACUCACUCAUUCACGUAGCGCAUACCUUGAAUGUCAGCUGACCAUUGCUGCACCGCACCCCCCUUGUAUCAGUGAUUAAGUUACUCGGGUGGCUUCUUCCGUUCAUCCUUGUGAUAUCUCUCACCAGCAGAUGAUCUCCAUUGGUGCGCAGAUACAGGACAGGAGGGCGCGCACACUUGUGACCAAGAAAUGCAAGCACGGAAGGGUGCAGGCCAUCCAGGCUCAAGAAGGCUGCUUGGGUAUCGAGAAAUACUUUGGAAAGACGGGGAGCUAG